UUAAUGAGUUUGAUUUGUGUAGAUACGAAAUACGAUUAUUCUUUCUGCUCUCUGAAAUUCAGAUUCCAAUUCGUUUGAAAUGCAGUUGCCAUAAUUCCAAUCCAACUCGUGAGCUUCCUUAAUCGGAAGGAACCUCACCAUGUUGAAAUUUCACAUCCACAGAAUUCUUGUUUGCGCCAAGGGUUUCACAUUCACAACCCUAAAAUGGAACCCUAUUGUUCAACUCCAAUUUCUCAAAUUCGAGUUCUGCACUACCUCACGCUCUUUCGUGGUGCCCUACCUCAUCAACAAUUGUGGCUUCUCCCAAGAAAACGCUCUCAAAGCUUCCCUCAGGCUCCGUUUCCGUGGCCCCCAAAAGCCCGAUUCAGUUCUCUCCUUCUUCCGAAGCCACGGCUUCUCCAACUCUCAAAUAUGCCAUAUCCUCCAAAAAGCACCCCGGCUACUUUUAUGCAACACCCAGAAGACACUGUUGCCAAAGUUCCAAUAUUUACUUUCAAAAGGUGUUUCUUCCCUUGACAUUGUUCGCAUGGUCACCCCUGCCCCUCGUUUCCUUGAAAGAAGUUUGGAGAAUCAUAUAAUCCCAACAUGUGAAUUUGUAAGAGGGUUCCUCCAAUCUGACAAGCGAAUGAUUCAUCUUCUGAUUCGCAGUCCUAAGUUACUUAAUGAAAGUAGUGUGACACCUAACAUCAAAUUGUUGCUUGAUAAUGGAGUUACCCACUCAAGCAUUGCUUUGUUGCUCCAGAGACGGAACCAGUUACUCUGGUCUGCUAACUUGUUGAAGACUGUUGAGGAAUUGAAGCAAAUGGGUUUCGAUCCUUCAACUUCAACUUUCAGUAUGGCAUUGCUUGCCAAAAGGACUGUAGGGAAAACCAAAUGGGCCGAGAAGAUUGACACUUUUAAGAAGUGGGGAUGGUCCCAAGAACAAGUUCUUCUAGCAUUUAGGAGGCAGCCUCAGUGUAUGUUGUCAUCCCGUGAUAAAAUUAAUGCAGUGAUGAGUUUUUGGGUAGAACAGGUGGGUUUCAAUUCUGCAGAGAUUGUCAAAGCUCCAGGAAUUUUUCUAUUUAGUCUCCAGAAGAGGAUUGCUCCAAGGGCUUUAGUUGUGCAGUUUCUUAUCUCAAAAAGUCUGCUACAAAAGGAGGCAAGCUUAACUACACCAUUUAUUCUGCCUGAGAAGUUGUUCCUUAAAAAGUUUGUAAAACAUUUUAAGGAGGAUUCUUCUCAUCUGUUAAAGCUGUACGAGGAAAAAAUGAGUCUUGAAAAUGAUAGGGGCAACCCUUGUUCGUAGCCUUCAUCAAGUGUGUAACAUGAUCAAAUUUUGGUGCAAAUCAACCACCUUGUUUUGUGCAAUUUUUAAAAAAAAAUAGUUCUGCCUACCAAAAUUUUGGAGCAACAUGCUUCCAUAUACAGAUAUGAUUUGAGGAGGAAAAAACUAGGAUCUUAAGGCCUUCUAUACUCUGCUCCGAAUUGAGAAACGUCGUGGAGGAACUGAAGCCAUUAGGGUUUGACCCUUUCAAACUGAGUUUUGCUAUGGUGUUACAGGCUAAAAGUGCUGUUUCUAAUUCCCUAUGGGAUGCUAAAGUUGAUACCUUUAAGAGAUGGGAUUGGUCUGAGGAUGAAGUUUUCAUUGCUUUUAGGAAUCAGCCUAACGUCAUGCUGUACUCAAUGGAAAAACUCAUUACAGUUUGGAGAAAAGGGUUGUUCUGAGGGGUUUGGUUGUCCAGCAUCUUCUCUCCAAUGGUUUGAUAAAGAAGAGUUCUAGCUUGGUUACACUGUUUAGUAAGUCUGAUAAGGUGUUUCUGCAAAAGUACGUGAGAUGUUUCUGGGACAGGGAACUUACUAGCAUGUGGUUGUUGUGGUUUAACUUAUGGAUGCUGAUUUUGGUGUAAGCUAGCCAUAGUAUUAUGCUUAUUCAUCUCUAACUAGUAUCUCUUCUACUCCUAGCUAACUCUGGAUUUCUUCUAGUUUGAUUGUUAUGUUUCAUAUGCUUAGUUCGAACGUCUUUAGAUUAAGUCACAAUUCUGAUCAAUAGCAGUAAUUUGACAUUUUAUAGGUGAUUGAUCCAAGACAACAAAAGGUUUUAUAGUUGUAGAAAGCCUUUGCAAGUAAUAUUGAUGUUGAUUCUCAUUAACCCUCGUUGUUAGUUUGUUUCAUUCUAUAUAUUUUCUUUUUCAA